UUGCCUGAGUCAAUUUAAACGACCCACACGAACCUAAACUCGGUCAGUUUUACACGUAUUUGUCUGUUGUUUUUUUCAACAUUUAAAACUCGUCAUAAUGCCGAUGUGUGGAGGAACCAGCGAGGUAAAGGAUGCCGAUAAAGAUGUACAGCAGAUCUGCGACAAAGUGAAGAGCCAGGUGGAGCAGAAAGCAGGGAAGACUUAUACUGUUUUCACUGCCAAGCAGUACAAAACCCAGGUUGUGUCCGGAACCAACUACUUUGUUAAGGUCCAUGUUGGUGGAGAUGAACACGUUCAUGUCCGUGUUUGGAAAAAACUCCCGUGCCAUGGAGAUGCGGUUGAGCUGACUUCCGUGCAGCACAACAAGACCCACAAUGACCCGAUUGAGUACUUCUAAAGGGAUCACUAUCAAGGAUGCUCCAGUGCCUGCCUGCAUUCUCACAGUGAUCAGUUAGAAACCUGACAAGCAACAACAAAACCGUAAACAGAGAUGUAUCAUGAUUGAUUAUUGGCUAAAGGGAACUGUUUUGUACAAGGUCUGUUAUUAAAAGAAUUCUGACUAAA